CAUGCGGUCAUACUAAUCAAUGAGUGAUACAUUUUAACAACUUUGGAUCGCUGGAAAUACCGUCUCCUUCAGUCUAAGACUCGGUAAAUUAGUCAGGAUGACGGCAGGCAAGCACUGGAGCUACGACAUCCUUAAACAGAUCGCCAUCGAUGGAUGUACCGAGGACGUCGAGGAGUUGAAACUAAUGUUUGCCGAUGAGAUUGGUUCGCGACGCAGAUUGGAUUGCAUACGCUCCAUUCAGGAUCUAAUUGACUGCCUGGAACGAGCGGACGAACUGGCCGAGGACAAAGUAGAGCCACUGCGCCGGAUGUCGACCAAUAUGCCGCAGCUUAUCGAGGCACUCAAUGGCUACACACCGCCGGAAAACUCUCGCACACAUCCGGUGAAUCUCUACCAGGAACUCCGAUUGGCCGAGGAACUGCGCCAGCAACUCCGGAUUGGUCCAGCAUCCCAGGAUGCUCCACCAUCAGUUGCGGCUGUAGCUGCUGCAGUACCCACACCAGCAGUUCAAAACUAUGCCACCCCAGCUGCUUUUACGGAUCGCAAACGCACGGCGGUCUUUAAGAAAAUAUCAGAGGAACUGGGACGCUACUGGCGACGACUGGGCCGAUCGGCGGGCAUUGGCGAGGGCCACAUGGACACCAUCGAGGAGCGCUACCCGCACGAUCUGAAGUCCCAGAUUCUGCGACUGCUGCAGCUCAUCGAAGAAGACGAUUGCCACGAUCCCAAGCACUUUCUGGUUCGUCUGUGUCGUGCCUUGGGCGAUUGCGGUCGCAAUGAUCUGCGUAAGAACGUAGAGCAGAUAAUGUCACACUAGAACGCAUUCCUGUGUGGCUUAAACUAAGUUUUAAGUACACAAGAGCUUGCAAUUCAUAUGCAUUUUGUUAUGAUACUAGUUAUUAAUGCGCUGGAAGGCAACAAAGCGAUGCCUUCAUUGUAAUUGUUCAUAUUCUAUUUCUUAAGUAAUAAUGCUUAGCAGUAUCAUAAAAUAAAUCAAAUGUGUAAUAUAAUAAA